GUAGUCGGCAAACACGUUAACAUCAGCUCCCCAGAAAAAACUAUUUUAAAAAUAGUUAUAAGGACAUUUUCAUAACAAAUUCCACCAAUAAAUACUCAUAACACUUCGCUUUACAACAUAUAUUGGAGUGAAAGUCAUCUAAUGUGUAUUUGGUGAAAUAAGUGCACAUACCUGCCGGCGACUGUUUCACACAUUCACUCUACUGCACAAACGAACCGAGUCAGCUGCACUUUAUCAUGGACAGCCUUGGGAGCAUUGUAGAAACCCAGCACGCACUCGAGCAGUCGCUCAUGAAAAGGAUGGCCGAGUUUGAAGCACACCUCCAAGCCACAAAGGCAUCAUCUCCAGCACAAUCUGAGAACUUGAAGUCCCUGUCCCGCGAGUUCUACACAUUCCGUGAGCACACGCUGGGUGUUGUGGAUCUUCUAAGACGGCAAAUUCAGGAGGUCAGCAGAGUCGUGGACGGCAUCGAGGCAAGGCACCGCAGUAAAUUUGUACUCAUCACCGGUGUACCUGACGUUGACAAUGAAGACCCACUGUCAGCCACCCUGACGAUACUGAAGGAUAAUCUUGGACUCCCCAACAUCGCUUCAGCCUCCAUCUCUACAUGUCAUAGGCUCGGGAGAUUCAAAGAAGGACGCAGUCGGCCAGUCAUCUUAAAGUUCGUCAGUCGGGAAACUCGAUCUCUCGUAUGGAAGAAGAAGACACAGCUAAAAGGUACACCAUUUGUCAUCUCAGAGUUUUUAACGCGGACAAGGCAAGCCCUGUUUUUGAAUGCGCGGAAGCACUUUGGCAUGAGGCGUGUGUGGUCCAUGGACGGCAAUGUGUUCAUUAAGUUGCCAAACGGCGCCCGGGAACGAGUCUCCAGCAGCGAGGAGCUAGACAGGCUCAUGGAACGCCACAGCACAGUCACCCCAGUGCCCCAGGAGUCCGUCCCGAAACGUGCAGGCCGUACAGCCGAGCCUGCGGCGCGCGUCGCAAGUGCUGACGCUUCCAUCCCGAAACCAGGGGCAUCCAAAACGCAGCGGGCAUGCAGAUCGAAGUAGUGUUGUCAUAGUGUUUCAGUGUAUUUUCACACUACUGUUUAAAUUGUGUACUUCGCCUCCCAUUUGUAACUCCAGCUGUGGGUACUAACGCAAUGUUACAGUUUGUGCCUGUUUUUUACCGUCACUAUUUUAAUCCUUUUUUUUUUAUUUUAAUUCAAGGUAUUUUCACUGUUCACUUUGUUUUUCUUUCCGGUAUUGUUUUGACAUCUGUCUGACACUUCAUCACACCUGACAGAUGUGUCACGUGAGAAGGGAGGCAAAGGCAUUUGUACAUAUUCUGUAUAGACAAAAUAACGUUGUAAUAACGGUAUUUCGAUAACGUUAUUUAUUUACUUCAUCACAUAAAUAAUUUUCUUUUUGUUUUAGUAAUCUAGC